AUGAGUGACAGGAAUCCAAAGCAACGGAUUAACAUAAAAUUUUGCAUGAAAAUUAGUAAAAGACUGAGUGAAACUUUAGCUCUGUUACAACAGGCUUAUGUUGAACAUUCCAUGAAGAAGUCAAGUGUCUUUGAAUGGCAUAGGCGGUUUGAGGAGAGGUGGGAAGAUGUCCACCACGCUGCAAUAAGUGGGCAGCCAAAUAUGCAAAGGAUGGAUGAAGAUGUGGACAGAGUGCGACCCUUCGUGCGCUCAGAUCAAAUUAAGUAUGCAAAUGAUGGCAGAAGAAUUGAACAUGAACAGGGAAACAGUGCAGCAGAUUCUAAUAGAGGCUUUGUGAAUGAGCAAAAUUUCAGCAAAGAUGGUACCUCGAGUCUUGACAGAUCAGCUUCUCAAGGGGACUUCUUUGAAGGUGACAACAGUUGUUAG